UCUUGACACCGAAUGAACUCAAAUUUUCAACUUGACUUAAGUCACUGAUAACAGAUGAAAUCGGAGGUUGUGGUGCCACUGGCGAGUUUUGGACUGUCACAGAGGAUAUAGACCCACAGAUCAUUUCUGGAGUAUCUGUGAAACAUAUGCAGUGACUCUUUUUUCAUACAUAUUCAGAGAUGCUCAGUCAAACUCAAUGAAGUCUGCACUGUGUUAGUGGAACUCAGAAAUUGCUAUUUCUUUGCAGACCUCAUCGGGCCUUGUUCAGGAGCUCCUUCCAAGGCCCUCAUUGCUCUUACAGUUUUUAAAUUGACAAUUUUGUGAGUGAAAAUGCCACCCGCCGUUGGUGGUCCAGUAGGCUACACCCCACCUGAGGGAGGCUGGGGAUGGAUGGUGGUAAUGGGGGCCUUCAUCUCUAUUGGCUUCUCCUAUGCAUUCCCAAAGUCCAUCACUGUCUUCUUCAAGGAGAUCGAGGCCAUCUUUGACGUGACCAGCAGCCAGGUGUCCUGGAUCUCGUCCAUCAUGUUAGCUGUCACGUAUGGUGGAGGUCCCAUCAGCAGCAUUCUGGUUAAUAAAUAUGGGAGUCGUCCAGUCAUGAUGGUAGGAGGAUGCCUGUCUGGACUGGGGCUUGUUGCUGCUUCCUUCUGCAAUUCAGUUCAAGCACUGUACUUCUGUAUUGGUGUCCUGGGAGGUCUGGGCUUGUCCUUCAAUCUCAACCCUGCUCUCACCAUGAUUGGAAAGUACUUCUACAAUAAGCGUCCUAUUGCUAAUGGACUCGCCAUGGCUGGCAGCCCUGUUUUUCUCUCUACAUUGGCUCCUUUGAACACAUGGCUUUUCGACAAGUUUGGAUGGAGAGGAAGCUUUCUGAUCCUGGGUGGUUUUCUUUUCAACUGUUGUGUUGCUGGGGCCCUCAUGCGGCCGAUAGGACCUAAACCCAAACCAGUUGAGAGGACAUCAGAGAGGAGGACUGUAGCCCAGGUCAUUAACAGCUUCAUUGACCUGUCUUUGUUCAAGCACCGGGGCUUUUUGCUCUAUAUUGUGGGCAACAUUGUCAUGUUCUUUGGUCUCUUCGCACCACUGGUGUUCCUCAGUAAUUAUGCAAAAAGCAUACAUAUCCCCAAGGAAAAGGCAGCCUUCUUACUGUCUGUACUAGCUUUUGUUGACAUGGUUGCUCGGCCCUCAAUGGGUAUUGUGGCUAACACCAAAUGGGUCCGCCCCAGAAUACAGUAUUUCUUUGCUGCCUCUGUGUUGUACAAUGGUGUGUGCCAUGUUUUUGCACCACUAUCAGUAGACUAUAAAGGGUUUGUCAUCUAUGCUAUCUUCUUUGGUUUUGCCUUUGGCUGGCUCAGCUCGGUUCUGUUUGAGACGCUGAUGGACCUAGUGGGAGCCCAGCGCUUCUCCAGUGCUGUUGGCCUGGUCACUAUUGUGGAGUGUGGUCCUGUCCUGUUAGGACCCCCAUUGCUUGGAAAAUUCAAGGACGUCUACCAUGACUACAAGUAUACAUACCAGGGCUGUGGGAUCCUCCUCAUUGUCUCCAGUGUGUUUCUCUUCUUGGGAAUGGGACUGAACUACCGUCUGCUUGACAAAGAGAAAAAAGAGGAGGAAAGAAGGGCCAGGGUGGGCGGUAGAAAACCAAAGUCCAGAGGUGAUGAGGAGAUGGAAGCCAGAAAUAUAGAAGACAACUGAUUCUGUGUUCGCUGUCAUAUCAGGGUGCAGUUUAUCUUCUCUGUGACAUGUUAUGUUGAUGAAAAACCUAGAGAUGAAACAUGCUUCUCUGCCUAAAUGGUAGAUUAGUCUGCUCUCACUACUUACUCUUGAAUUUCUUUAUACAUUAUUUUUAAAAUCACAAGAAAAAUACUUCACAUUUGCACAUGCUCUUCCCUGUACACUAAUAUAAGACCUUUCACACCAAUCCACAUAAAUACAUCCACUAUUCUAACAGGAUGUGUUACGUUUGGACCAUGUUUGUUUCCAUUCAUCAUCUAUACAACGGUAGUAAGUCAUUGUCAUUAUUGGGUGUUUUUGAUGUCAUAUGUAGUCAAAUGUCUUUCUGUACAUGCCUUGCUUCAAACUGUACUCAUUACAAGGGUAUAUCACUUUGUGUUUCACAUGUUUUUUGUUCAGAUAUAUUGAUCCUAGUAGUUUUUCUUCUAAAUAUCUUGCUUGUCUAUUUAUCAUGAAACAUAUUGGUUAUUAUCAAUGAUUUUGAAGGCAUUAAAACUUGGUGCUUUGUCUAUUUACAAGAUAGUAAAAAUGUGCCUCUCACUUCAAGUUA